CUCUCUCUUAAAUUUUCCCUCUCUUUUCUCUCUCUCUCUCUCUCUCUCUCAAACUCUCGUUCGCACAAUCACGCAUGAAAUUAGGGAAAAUCUUUAUCGAUGAACGCGGUCAUGUUGUGUCCCAUCCGUAAUUUUGUUCGAAUCGAUAAAAGAACGUUAGAUGUGGAUUGAUCGCUUGAUUGAUGCGUCUCUGUAAAAUCCUCUCAUGGACGGCUCGAUCUGGAGCAACAAUGGCGUUCCGACCGCUUCGCAUUUUAUCGUUGCGGUUUUUUUCGCCUUCGGUUUCGUUGCCGCCAGGCUCUUCCUUGAUAGAUUCGUCUUUCGUAGGCUGGCCAUAUGGUUGUUGAGCAAUGGAGCCAUUCCACUGAAGAAAAAUGAAGCUACAAGAGGAAAGAUUGUAAAAUGUUCAGAGUCUAUGUGGAAGUUAACAUACUAUGCCACUGUUGAAGCAUGUAUUUUAACAAUAAUCUACCAUGCACCGUGGUUCAGAGAUAUGGAGUAUUUCAGAGGCUGGCCGAAUCAAGAGUUGAAGCUCCCCCUAAAACUGAUCUAUAUGUGCCAAUGUGGGUUCUAUCUCUAUAGCAUCACUGCGCUUCUUACAUGGGAAACUCGAAGGAAAGAUUUCUCGGUAAUGAUGUCUCAUCAUAUAAUCACUGUUUUCCUGAUUGGGUACUCGUACAUUACAAGCUUCUUCCGGAUAGGGUCAGUUAUUCUUGCACUGCAUGAUGCAAGUGAUGUAUUUCUUGAAGCAGCUAAGGUUUUCAAAUAUUCUGAGAAGGAGCUUGGGGCAAGCAUAUUCUUUGGAUUGUUUGCUUUAUCAUGGCUUAUACUGAGGUUGAUAUUCUUUCCAUUUUGGAUCAUAAAAUCCUCAAGCUAUCAUCUCUGUCAGUUCUUGAGGCUCUCGGAGGUUUAUCAUAUGUCAUUAUACUAUAUUUUCAAUACGAUGUUAUUGACUCUACUUGUGUUCCACAUAUACUGGUGGAUUCUCAUAUACUCAAUGAUCAUGAGACAGCUGAAAAACAGAGGGAAAGUUGGAGAAGAUAUCCGAUCUGAUUCAGAGGACAAUGACUAGUUGGAAGAGAUUCUUCAAAUAUUUGUGAUUCUCUUCAUUUUAAAUGUUAACCAUGGGAGACUGCUUUGACUUGUUCUUUGUUUGCAUCUGAGGGUUCUUUUUUCAUUGGAAAUAUGUUGAAAUUUUCUACAUUCCUCUGAGCAUCAGAUAUUCCUGAGCAUGGGAUAGGAAAAAAGGAGGUAAGACCAUGUAGUGUUUCACUUCAUGAGCAUGGGAUUUUCAUGUGUAAUUGUUUUCUUAUAGUUCCUGUGUCUUGGAAGUUUUGUCAAUUUGAUGUGGAGGUUAACCAGAGAGAUUGGUUACCAUGGAGCAAAGAAGUGAAGAUAUUUUAGAGAUUUACACAAAAAUAUAUGAACUUGGAGUACAAGAUUG